AUGAUCAAAACGGUCCUCCGACCUGUGAACCCACCACUAACUCGUGGUUAUUCGCAGCCUCGACCACAGUAUCAGCUGCAAGGAUACAUGCCCAAUGGCAUACCAGGUGGUGGUCCAGCUGCACAACCCUUACAACCGAACAACGGCCGCAUAAUUCAGAAUGGUCCUGUGCGAGUCCUGUGUAUCGCAGAUGUGAGAGGUGACCUACGAUCUCUCAAUGAGCUUGCAAAGACUGCCAACGCGAACUAUAUACUCCAUACUGGCGAUUUCGGCUUCUACGAUGACUCUUCUCUAGAACGUAUAGCUGAGAAGACUCUGAAACACGUUGCACAAUAUUCGCCGCUCAUCUCCAAUUCUAUCAAGCAGCAGAUAGCAAACGUACCUGUCGGUCGGCCUGUCAAGCCCUCUUCCUCUCCUACCGAUCUUCCUCUUUCGCAGCUGCCCGACCUCCUUGCAAACAAGUUCCGCCUGGACGUGCCUGUCUACACGGUAUGGGGUGCUUGUGAGGAUGUUCGGGUGCUAGAAAAGUUUCGAUCCGGUGAAUACAAGAUUGAGAACCUGCACAUUAUUGAUGAGGUCAAUUCAAGAUUGCUGGAUAUUGGCGGUGUAAAGCUUCGACUUCUCGGUCUUGGUGGUGCUGUGGUUAUUCACAAGCUCUUCGACAACGGUGAAGGUAAGACAUAUAUAGCCGGCGGCCAAGGCACCAUGUGGACUACCUUGCUGCAAAUUGGAGCUCUCAUCGACACGGCAAGCAGAGUUUACGACCCAUCAGAGACACGAAUCUUCCUCACUCAUGCUUCGCCAGCCAGAGAUGGUAUCCUUAACCAGCUCUCUGUGACACUCAAAGCAGACUUCUCGAUAUCCGCUGGCCUUCACUUCAGAUAUGGGAGCUCCUACAACGAAUUCAGUGUCAAUCCCUCUCUAGACCACUACCGAGGAAAAUUGGCUGCGUCCAAGGCUUCUUUCAACGACGUCUGGGAAACUGUGAAGAUGGAUGUCGAGCAGGCCAUCUCAACCAACGAGAGCCAUAAGUCAUUGUUGAACAGCGCGUUAGAAAUCGUUGAGAAGAUGCCUAGUGUUGCUAAUGGUGGCAAUCCCUUCGGUGGACCUGUAGGUGGUGUUGCUGGUGCUGGUCAGGUUGAUGAAAGUGCUUUCAAAAACAUGUGGAACUUCAACCUUGCCGAUGCAGCCUUUGGCUAUCUUGUCCUGGAAGUCGACGGUGGUCGUAUCGGUACAGAAAUGAGAGCACAAGGCUUCAACUUCGCCCAUAGGGGUGCCAAACCUAUGGCUGCACAACCAAUUCCGCAACAAACCUCGAAUGCCCCAGCAGCUGCAACAGGUACGUCUGCCUCUGUACCGACUGGGCCAGCGCAGACCAGAACUCCUGCGUUCCAACCACCUUCUCAGCCGUUCCCGCAACAGAACCCACCUGCUCCUCAGUCUCGAGCGCAGGCACCGCCAGCACGGCCAGCCUCUACGACACAGCAGAGUCAAGCACCUGCAAAGGCUCCCACUUCCAACUCGCCAGCCCCUCCUUCAACACAGAAUAAGCCAUUGACCCCUCAACCAUCUUCCUCGAACGUACCAACCACGUCAUCUCUUGCCCCAAAGCCAGGUACCCCGUCUGGUACUAAUGGCACUGUAUCUGCGAAAUUGAGUGAUGGUGAAGCCGGAAGACCCAAGCCUGCCACACCUCCUGUUGAUCGAGCUCCCACAACUAGUCUAUAUGUCAUGUUUGCAGACAGCGAGCAGCAAGCACGAGAUUGCAUUGCCGAGCAAGAUCGACCUAAGAUCAAAACUGUUGCUAAACUUGGGAACAAGUACAACAACUUCACCAUCUCAUUCGAGACUCACGAGAUCGCUGAGGAGGCAUUGAAACGAGCGUCUGAGCAAUCUCGAAGUGUCAAAAAUGCGCAAGGCAAGAAUCCACGAAUCGAGUGGUUCCGUGAAAGAAGCGGUCCCUUCCACCAACGCGAUAGCAGUGGUUCCAAUGUGCCGUCGCGAGGUGGCAGUGCUUCAGCCGGUCCAGCUACGAGAGGUGGCUACACUAGUGGCGGAGCAAGUGACAGCGAAGGUGGACGAGGCAGAGGUGGCUUCUCUCGAGGACGAGGACGUGGCGAUCGAGGACGGGGUCGAGGAAUGGCUGCUGGACGUGGUAGUUUCCAGGCCAAAGGCGACGACUCCAAACCUGCUGAUGCAAAACCUCAGCCAGUAAAGGAUUCGUCUUAG